AUGGCCCCGAGCGCGUCGAUGCUGUUCCUGAGCUACCACCAGCUCCACAGCAGGCCGACGGAGGCGGGGGCGCCGCCGCGCCGCAGGGAGGAGGAGGGUGCCCCCAGCGGCGGCUUCCGGAUGAGCGUGCGCAGCGUGCUCUCACUCGCCUUGUUCCAGCGGCGGCCGGAGGCGGAGGGGAAGGCGACGACACUGCACGAGCGCGACGCCGGCGAGGAGGUCAAGCCGGCGGCGGCGGCCGCCGACGCUAAUAAGGAGCUGGAACGCAAGUUCGAGGAGGCGCUGCGGCUCAGCUGCUGGUCUUCGUGA